CGGACAGAAGGAAAGGAAAGAGGAGGGGGCUUCUAUUUGGGAGCCCCUCCUUCUCCUUGGCCAGAGAUUUAUUAUGAUGGAGACGAAGAAGGGCUGCCAAAAGAUGGUGGUGCCUUACUUUAAAGCAGGCCUGGGCCUACUUGGGCCCUCUCCUCAAGGUGUUUUGGACUUCAACGCCCGCCAUUCCUAUGGCUGUAGAAGAGCCGCUCAUCUCUGGAGAGCUGCACCAGCUAGAAGGGCAAGAUUGUUGGCAGCUGGCAGCGGCCUCUAAGGCAGGAACCCACUGACUCCCUUUGCUCAUUCGAUUUGCUUCUUUGUCUGCCGGAUCGUGUGCCUCUCAGUGCGCCAUGGGGGUCCUGUGAGCCCCGGGAGUUUGGCAAGGCCUGGCGUCGUCAGGCGCUGCCCUCCCCAGACCAUGUGGCGCUCAUUUCGGUGCCCACCACUCCUCUCCCUCUCUCUGCGUGCAACCUCCACGGUGGCCUCUGCGGCUGGCUGGGAGGCCCGCCUGGCACUGUGGGUGCUCAGCUUUGCAGCAGCCGUGGUGCAGAUGGAGAGCCAGGCCUACUCGCCCACCGUCAACACGCACUACGGGAAGCUGCGUGGCCUGCGAGUGCCGCUGCCCAGUGAAAUUCUGGGGCCCGUGGACCAGUAUCUGGGCGUCCCGUACGCGGCACCUCCCAUUGGGGAGAAGCGCUUCAUGCCACCGGAACCACCCCCAUCCUGGUCGGGGAUCCGCAAUGCCACCCACUUCUCCCCGGUCUGCCCGCAGAACAUCCACACGGCUGUGCCGGAGAUCAUGCUGCCCAUCUGGUUCACCUCCAACCUGGACAUCGUGGCCACCUACAUCCAGGAUCCCAAUGAGGACUGCCUGUACCUCAAUGUCUACAUUCCCACCGAGGAUGUAAAACGGAUUUCCAAGGAAUGCGCCCGAAAACCCAACAAGAAAAUAUGUAGGAAAGGAGGCUCCAGCGCUAAGAAACAGGGCGAGGACUUAGCGGAUAAUGACGGGGAUGAAGACGAAGACAUCCGAGACAGCGGAGCCAAGCCGGUGAUGGUCUACAUCCACGGGGGAUCCUACAUGGAGGGCACGGGCAACAUGAUCGAUGGCAGCGUCCUGGCCAGCUACGGCAACGUCAUUGUCAUCACCCUCAACUACCGCGUGGGCGUCCUGGGGUUCCUGAGCACGGGUGACCAGGCCGCCAAGGGAAACUACGGGCUGCUGGACCAGAUCCAGGCCUUGCGCUGGAUCAGCGAAAACAUCGCCUUCUUUGGUGGGGACCCCUUGCGCAUCACUGUCUUCGGCUCUGGCAUCGGUGCCUCUUGUGUCAGCUUGCUCACCCUCUCUCAUCACUCCGAAGGUCUCUUCCAGAGAGCCAUCAUCCAGAGUGGCUCGGCGCUGUCCAGCUGGGCAGUCAACUACCAACCGGUCAAGUACACCAGCUUGCUGGCCGACAAGGUGGGCUGUAAUGUGCUGGACACGGUGGACAUGGUGGACUGUCUGCGGCAGAAGACGGCCAAGGAACUGGUGGAGCAGGACAUCCAGCCGGCCCGCUAUCACGUGGCCUUCGGCCCAGUCAUCGAUGGGGACGUCAUCCCCGACGACCCAGAGAUCCUGAUGGAGCAGGGUGAGUUCCUAAACUACGACAUCAUGCUGGGCGUCAACCAGGGCGAGGGCCUCAAGUUUGUGGAGGGGGUGGUGGACCCUGAGGAUGGGGUCUCCGGCAGCGACUUUGACUACUCCGUCUCCAACUUCGUGGACAACCUGUACGGCUACCCAGAGGGAAAGGACACACUGCGCGAAACCAUCAAGUUCAUGUACACGGACUGGGCCGACCGAGACAACCCAGAGACGCGCCGCAAGACCCUGGUGGCCCUCUUCACGGACCACCAGUGGGUGGAGCCCUCGGUGGUGACCGCCGACCUCCAUGCCCGUUAUGGCUCGCCCACCUACUUCUACGCCUUCUACCACCACUGCCAGAGCCUGAUGAAGCCGGCCUGGUCAGACGCGGCCCACGGGGAUGAGGUGCCUUACGUCUUCGGGAUCCCCAUGAUCGGCCCCACUGACCUCUUCCCCUGCAACUUCUCCAAGAACGACGUCAUGCUCAGUGCCGUGGUCAUGACCUACUGGACUAACUUUGCCAAAACCGGGGACCCGAACAAGCCAGUGCCACAGGACACCAAAUUCAUCCACACCAAGGCCAACCGCUUUGAGGAAGUGGCCUGGUCCAAGUACAACCCCCGAGACCAGCUCUACCUGCACAUCGGUCUGAAGCCCCGUGUACGGGACCAUUACCGAGCCACCAAGGUGGCCUUCUGGAAGCACCUGGUGCCCCACCUCUACAACCUUCAUGACAUGUUUCACUACACAUCCACCACCACCAAGGUGCCGCCGCCGGACUCCACCCAGAACUCACACAUCACCCGGCGGCCCAAUGGCAAGGCCUGGAGCACCAAGCGGCCGGCCAUCUCCACCGCCUACACCGGGGGCGGCGAGGGCUCCCAGGAGAAGUGGAACCCAGAGCAAGAUGGGGCCGGCACGCUUUUGGUGGAGAACCCACGAGACUACUCCACUGAACUGAGCGUCACCAUCGCUGUGGGAGCCUCCCUCCUCUUCCUCAACGUCCUGGCCUUUGCCGCCCUCUACUACCGCAAGGACAAGCGGCGCCAGGACACCCACCGCCAGCCCAGCCCCCAGCGAGGCGCUGCUGCCAUCGCCGCCGCAGCUAAUGCCAACGACAUCGGCCACGCGCCGGAGGAGGAGCGGCCCUCCCUGCAGGCCAACCAAGCCCACCACGGGGACUGUGAGGCAGUGGCCUCCCAUGACACCCUGCGCCUGGCCGCCGCCCUGCCCGACUACACCCUAACGCUGCGCCGCUCACCAGACGACAUCCCACUCAUGACGCCCAACACCAUUACCAUGAUCCCCAACUCCCUGGUGGGGCUCCAGACCUUGCACCCUUACAACACCUUCGCGGCCAGCUUCAGCAGUACGGGGCUGCCCCAUUCACACUCCACCACCCGGGUAUAGCUCCCCCCGUGAACACAGCCCCCUCCCUUCCAACCCUCACCGGAGGUGGCGUGGUGAGUGGUCAGACAUCUAUCGAACACCACGCGCCAUCCUCCCGGGCCUCUCACUUCCUCGCAGUAGGGGAUUUCAUUUGUAUCAAGUGCUCUGACUCUCCCUUGAGCUGUCUCGGCGGUUGCAGGGAGCACAGCCCCAAAAGAGGGACCCUCUUCUGCCCACCCCCACCCCCCAAAAAGAGGCUCAAGCCACUUGAGUGCCAUUCUGAACUCUGGUUCCUUCUGAGCCUCGCCAGAUAACGUGCAAGAGGUUAACCCAACAGGUCUCCCCUCUCCUCUACAGCAACCAUAUGGAGGGGGAACCCCAUCGCAACCCCUCAAAUGCCACUCGUUUCCUCCUUGCCACUCGAGACUUAUCAAUCCAAGUGCCAUGCGGGGAGGAGGAGGUUAAAAGCUAUGUUGCCAUAUCAAGGCCCAUUUGCGGGGAGUAUCUUUUGUGGGCCCCAUCCCACCAAAUGGGGGAAAUUGUUGCAGUCCAGUCCUGGGCAUCCCAAAAACCCCAGUGCUGGAUCCUGCGUGUCACUUGGGCUUGGUGCUGGGCCCAACAGAUGCUCUCUUGGUGCCCCUCUUCCCCACCUCACGAUCUUCAUGUCGCAGAGAAGAAGAAACAAUUUUUUUCCUGUCUGUCUCCUUUUUUUGUUUCUUCCUUUCCAAAAGACUUUUUUAAAAAAACAAAGCAGAUCUUUAGUUCUUUAAACACUAACGGGAAGAUGCCGUGUUUUUGUCCUUUGUAAAGAUUUUAAACUAAGUGUUCUUGAUAAAAAAAAGCCAGUUAGAGACACGUAUGUACACACAGAGACACACACAGACAGCCCACAUAUACACACACAAGACACAGACACACGCAUCAGCCCCGUCUGCGCUGUGGGCCCCUCCACUGCGGACCUGUGUGCCAAACUGAGAAACCAGCAAACGUCCUCUAGAAGGGGGCAGCCGCGGCAAAGACGACAGCCGCAACCGAGACCCUUUUGUAUUUUUUAUACGCCCCUCCGCCGCCAUUCCGACCUGUCCGUUUGUGUCCGUCAACCCACCCCAGCAGAGGAGUGGAAAUGAGCUGGAUUGCUGUCCCAGACACCCACAGUGCCAUCCCCAGUUCCCUUUGCCAUCUGCUGUGCCAAGUCUCCUGUAGGUUAGCCCUUCCUGCAGCGCGGCCAACGGGACGCUCACUGCCCCCUUCUCUCCCCAUUCCCAUUGCCUGAGUCCCACAAAAACCUCCUCAUUGUUGCCGUGCCUCUGCGCAGAGCAGCAUCUCUGUGGAGCAUCGCCAGCGCCAGAGCAGCAUCUCCGUGGAGCAUCACCAGUGGUGGGCAACAUGGGAGAAUGGGCAGCUGGGGGCAGAAAGGGGAGGAAAAGGGGGGUUGCCGUGGGCCUGAGAGCUGUCUGGGCGAGGAGGCGAUGGGGGCAUUCUGCUCACGCACAAACCGGACCUGGGAAUUUGCUGCAAAAACAACAUGAUUUUAAAGGGAGUGGUGAGAUGGGUGUUGGUUGGAGGUCUAGGUGCAAACAGGCCUUGAUGCUGAGGGAGAGGUCAGGUGUGGGGCUGGUAGUGAUAGAAAAGGGGGGGCAAGAGGUUCAGGAAUCAAGGUCUGGGGGUACAAAGGCCAGAAACUGGUCAAUGGUGAGUAUAGAUGGUCUGGAGAGGAUCAGGAGGACCCACGACACAAGGGCAGGUUGCAAAGGGACGGGCUGGGGGACCAGAAAGAAGGAAGGAAGGACCCUCUGCCCCCCAAAUAGGCAGUGGCUAUGGGAAGAAUAGAACCAAAUGGAUGUUGUCCAACUGGCUGGGAGGCCUCCAAGCUCUUGUCUUGGGGGGCUUCUUACAGCUCUGGUCCCCGCUUUCCCUUCCAAGGGCGAUGGGACAAGCGCAAGGUGAAUGAUUCUGGCUGAGAAUGUAUUUAAGCUGUCCCGACUCUCGCCUGAGCAGUGGAAAGGAUUCCAAAUAAAGUGGAAGGGGUAUUUUUA